AUGAACCGACCUCGUGACAUCUCAUCUCAAAUGGAUGAAGGGAAUAUACCCCCGGAUGGUAAUCUGGCGACAAGCGGUCAGGCUGUAGCUCAUAAUCAACUGCCGUAUCGGCAAGAUCAGGCAUAUCUCUCGGAUUCCCAAGCUGUAAGCCAAGGUAUCGCGAUGAAUAGAGGUCGACCACGUGGUCGACAAGAUUUCCAGAUCGCAAUCAUCUGCGCGCUACCACUCGAAUACGAUGUGGUAUCUCUUCUCUUUGACCAGUUUUGGGACGAAGAUGAGUCAUAUGGUCGCGCGCGCGGCGACAUGAACACGUACACAACCGGCCGCAUGGGACAAUACAAUGUUGUGCUUGUUCUUCUUCCCAAUAUGGGGACCAUUGCUGCGGCUGGAGCAGCAGCAAGCUUCAGGUCAAGCUACUCCAACCUACAGCUAGCAUUUCUAGUUGGCAUUUGCGGCGGUGUGCCAUGGAACGGAGAAGACGAAAUCCACCUAGGUGAUGUCGUUAUCAGCAAAUCCGCUGUUCAGUAUGAUCUAGGCGACCAAUAUCACAAGGCAUUUGUGAUUAAAGACACCGUCGAUGACAGUCUCGGUCGACCAAAUAAGAACAUCCGCAGCCUAGUGAAAAGCUUUGAGACCGAACGUAUAAGGGAUCAACUACGGCAAAAGGCAUGCUUAUACUUGAAAGACAUCCAGAGUGCAGCCGCACGGAAGCGACGACGAUUCAACUACCAGUAUCCUGGGAUUGACAAAGACAGGCUUUUUAUAGCAACAUAUCGACACAAGCAUAGAGGCACACAGGCUUGUAACUUCUGUGAUACCCAACCCGACGGCUUUUGCCAGAAGGCAGCCCAGACAUCUUGUGCUGAACUUGGAUGUGAUGAGACACAGCUGGUGAGUAGAUCGGAUUUGGAGACAAGAGGCGCACCUGAAGAGCCUGAAAUUUUUAUUGGGCGUAUAGCUUCUGGAAACAUGGUGAUGAAGUCUGGUGAGCAUCGAGACAAAAUUGCUAACGAACAAAACGUAAUUGCUCUUGAGAUGGAGGGGGCAGGUGUAUGGGAUGAGAUUCCUUGUAUUAUUGUAAAGGGCGUGUGUGAUUACGCCGACAGUCACAGAAAUGAGUUGUGGCAACGGUAUGCUGCUGCCACGGCUGCUUCGGUCAUGAAGGCUGUACUUGGGCGAUACAUCAUGACGGAUAGGUGA